AUGGCUCUGCAAACAGCAUUUAAUAUUCACGUCGGGAACAAUGCGAGGUGGGCGUGUGUACGGAGGAUGCAACUGCUCAUUACAGCCUGUCUAGAACUAGCAUGUUACGUGAAACUAAAGAUCCUACCAACUUAUGUUGUCAUGAACCACGUACUCGUCGGAGAAUGGAAAAUGAGAAAGGUGUACAAUGACAAAUCCUCGCCGCGAACGAUGACCCGGCCUGGCUCGGGGCAAGCGUCCCCUAUACACACGAUGCCACAUUACAUACGGAGUUUACCGUUUAUUAGGCUAUGUCUACCGUUCGUAUGGGCGACCGCGCACAUGUACACUAAAAUAAUAUCGUCCACCAGAGUGCGCGUAGGAAAAUGGAUUUGUGGAAGAAGAGCGAGUGGAGCAAAGAAGUCUCGGAUGUUGCUUCUUUUGUAUAUGGGUGGGUUUAACCGGUAUAGCGAGGGUAGGCCUGAUAAUGAUUUACAUAUCGGCGGGAUAUUUCCUAUGGAAGGCGAGGGUGGCUGGCAGGGUGGACAGGCGUGUAUGCCAGCAGCUGAACUGGCUCUGGCUGAUGUCAACGCUCGGUCUGAUCUAUUGUCGGGAUUUAAAUUACUACUACACAGCAAUGAUAGUAAGUGUGAACCAGGGCUUGGUGCAAGUGUAAUGUACAACUUGUUAUACAAUCCACCGCAAAAGUUGUUGCUGUUAGCUGGUUGUUCUACAGUUUGCACUACGGUCGCCGAAGCCGCAAAGAUGUGGAACCUAAUGGUCCUAUGUUAUGGGGCAUCAUCACCGGCGUUAUCAGACCGUGCGAGAUUUCCGACGCUAUUUCGGACUCAUCCCUCGGCUACAGUGCAUAACCCUACUAGAAUAAAACUAAUGCAGAAAUUCGGCUGGUCCCGAAUCGCUAUACUACAACAGGCUGAAGAAGUUUUCAUAUCGACGGUUGAUGAUUUAGAGGCACAUUGCAAGAAGUCGGGUAUAGAGAUUGUUACCAGACAGUCGUUUCUUUCCGACCCAAGCGACGCAGUACUAUACAAACAUCGACUCUACGGAAAAUCUUACGUUUGGUUUUUUAUUGGUUGGUAUGAGGAUAAUUGGUUCGAAACAAAUUUAGAACGUGAAGGCAUAGACUGUACUGUGGAACAGAUGCGAGAAGCAGCCGAAGGACAUUUAACGACAGAAGCUCUUAUGUGGAACCAGAAUGCUAAUCAGACUACGAUAUCUGGAAUGACAUCUGAAGAUUUUAGAUCACGUCUAAAUGAAGCUCUCAGAGAAGCUGGGUACGACAUAGAUGGGGAGAGAUUUCCAGAAGGCUAUCAAGAAGCACCUUUAGCAUAUGACGCUGUUUGGGCUGUCGCGCUCGCUUUUAACAAGACCAUGGAGAAGUUAGAGAAGAACGGUUUGAGCUUAAAGAACUUUACUUACACUAAUAAAAAAAUUGCCGACGACAUUUACGAAGCAAUAAAUUCAACAUCGUUUUUAGGCGUUUCUGGUUUAGUUGCAUUUUCAUCGCAAGGAGAUCGAAUAGCAUUGACUCAGAUAGAACAACUUUCUAACAAUCAUUAUGUGAAGCUUGGAUAUUACGAUACUCAAGCUGAUAACCUGACCUGGUUAGAUAAGGAACAGUGGGUCGGGGGUAAAGUACCUCCAGAUCGGACAGUAGUGGUAAAUGAACUCCGUACUGUUUCGCUACCACUGUUCGCUUGUAUGACAGCGCUUUGUAUCGCUGGGAUUUUGGCUGCCAUCGGAUUGAUCGUCUUUAACACGAUGCAUAGACAUAGAAGGGUAAUUCAGUGGUCUCAUCCAGCUUGUAACACGGUGAUGUUGUGCGGUUGCUGUGUGUGUUUGGGCGCGGCGGUCGCGCUCGGCAUCGACGGGCGCUGGGUGACGCCGCAGCACUACACGGGGCUCUGCGCCGCCCGAGCUUGGCUUCUUGCCAUCGGCUUCUCCAUGGCUUACGGUGCUAUGUUCACUAAAGUCUGGCGUGUGCAUCGCCAUACCACAAAGCCUAAAACAGAAACCAAGAAACGAGUACACGGUUGGAAGCUGUAUACAAUGGUCGGUGGUUUGCUAGUGGUGGAUGUUGUGUUGCUAACGGCGUGGCAGCUGCGAGACCCGCUACAGCGGCGCGUGGAGACCUUCCCAUUGGAAGCGCCGAGACAUCAUGAUGACGACGUACACAUCAGACCUGAGCUGGAACACUGCGAGAGUGAACAUAAUACUAUAUGGCUAGGUGUGAUGUACGGCUACAAGGGUCUUGUUUUGGUGUUCGGAUUAUUCCUAGCUUAUGAGACGAGAUCUGUUAAGAUCCGCCAAAUAAAUGAUUCGAGAUACGUCGGGAUGAGCAUUUACAAUGUAGUCGUGUUGUGCCUCAUCACGGCUCCCGUUACACUGGUGAUUGCAAGUCAGCAGGAUGCCGCCUUCGCUUUUGUGUCCCUCGCUAUCGUCUUUUGUUGUUUUCUCAGCAUGGCUCUAAUAUUCAUCCCAAAGGUAAUAGAAGUAAUUCGACAUCCGACUGAGCGCGCUGAGAGUGGACGCGGCUCGGGCUCCGGUUCCACCCCUGCUGAUGAAGAGCGGUACCGAGAACUUGUGAAAGAAAACGAAGAACUACAAAAGCUUAUAGCUCAGAAAGAAGAGCGCAUACGCGUGUUGAAGCAGAAGUUAGCGGAGCGGGAGGCCGCAGCGGACGUGACGCAAGGUACGGGCGGCGGCGGAGGCGGAGGCGGAGGCGGCGGCGUGCUGGCCGACCUCGCCACCGCCACCUCUGACUAUGGCACCUCCACCAACUACACGCGCUCCUCGCGCGCUUCCGUCUCCGAUCUCGAUUUCUCCGAGAGUUAUCUAUAAAUCUCUUUGUUUCCUCACGCAAAUCACCAGACAUGGAAUUGCGGAAAACAUAGUCCCUUCUAAUCCCCCUUUUUGAUUCCCUUUGUCUGAAUUAAGUCAUACCCGUCAAAGCAACAAGUUUUAGCAGAUUAUAGUAAUUUAAUAAUUCGAACUGAGUUUAAAGCUUAUGAUGUUUUUAUGCAAGAAUUUCUAAGCCUU